AUGGGGUCCCACUGUAACAGUUCCUCAGUCUCUGUUGCUGCUCACACUUUUGCUGCAGAAAUUCCUGACUUCCUGACAGAGGAGGAGUGCAAGCUCAUCGUCCAUCUGGCACAGUUGAAGGGGCUGCAGAAGAGCCAGAUCCUACCAACAGAUGACUAUGAGGAAGCCAUGGAAAUGAUAGAAAUCAGCCAGAUGGACAUUUUCAAUCUGCUGGACCACAAUCAGGAUGGGCAGCUGCAGCUCAAAGAGGUGUUGACCCACACCCGUCUUGGGAAUGGCAGGUGGAUGACCCCUGAAAACAUCCGGGAGAUGUAUACUGCAGUCAAGGCUGAUCCUGAUGGGAAUGGUGUGCUGAGUUUGGAGGAGUUCAAACAAUUGAAUAUCCGUGAUUUCCACAAGUACAUGGGAAGCCAGAAAGUGAAGAUGAGUGACUUGGUGCGCAACAGCCAGCACACCUGGCUAUACCAGGGCGAGGGAGCACACCAGGUCAUGAGAGCCAUACGGCAAAGGGUCAUGCGCCUGACUCGCUUGCCCCCCGAGAUUGUGGAGCACAGCGAGCCCCUCCAGGUUGUGCGGUACGACCAAGGAGGGCACUACCAUGCCCACAUGGACAGUGGCCCCGUCUUCCCCGAGACUGCCUGCAGCCACACCAAGCUGGUCGCCAAUGAAAGCGCUCCCUUUGAGACCUCCUGCCGGUAUGUGACAGUGUUGUUCUACCUGAACAAUGUGACCGGGGGAGGCGAAACAGUCUUUCCUAUAGCUGAUAACAGGACGUACGAAGAGAUGUCUUUGAUCCAGAAUGACGUUGACCUGCGAGAUACUCGGAAAAACUGUGACAAGGGCAAUUUGCGAGUGAAACCUCAGCAAGGCACUGCUGUCUUCUGGUACAACUACCUGUCAGAUGGAGAAGGCUGGGUGGGGGAGGUGGACGACUUCGCCCUGCACGGGGGCUGCCUGGUCACCCAAGGCACCAAGUGGAUCGCCAACAACUGGAUCAAUGUGGACC